ACAUAACCUAAUGGGCAAUAAAAAGAAAUCAGGUGCCUCUCUGAACACCCCUGAACCCGGGAAAACAAGAGCUUCAAGCAACCCGGAUAAAUAUUUCCGGGACACCGUCAAAGUGCUGGGAGAGAACAUGGAGGACAGCCAAGGGGCGCCAUCUUCCCCAUGCAGCCAGCGAGCACGAAGCCCGGCUACAUCCGAGCGAUCUGGAGAUACCAGCAGAUCUGACCUUAAAGAAAUCCUGCUCAAUCUUCCCUCUAAGGACGACAUAGCAGCCAUGAUGGCGAAACUUGAAUCAUCAGUGCAAGAUAAGCUCACAACUCUGACGACAGACAUCAG